AUGAAUGGUCAUACAGAGCAACAGCCAAGCAACAAGAUAGCUUUAGAGAGAUCAACCUCACUCUAUCUUCUUUCAAAUACCCCAAAGGGUCGCGGCGUCUUCGCCUCCCACUCAAUACCAAAAGGAACAAUCAUCGACACCUGCCCCGUCCUCAUCCUCGACCCACAAGAAAACGCCACACACGUCGAGAAAACAGCCCUAUACCACUAUACCUACAACUGGCCCCUUCGUAGUCCUCCCCAUCCCGCUCCUCCUUCCAAGCAACCUCAGCCAGCAAACGGGGUCCGGAAGCCAUCAAGCAGGACCCAAGCAGUCGUCCUCGGCCUAGGCUCCAUGUUCAACCACUCGACCCACGACCAAAAUGUCGUCUGGACCCGGGAUUUGGAGAAUGAACUCGUGAUCUACCGCGCUCUACGGGAUGUAGCUCCGGACGAGGAACUAUGUAUUUCUUAUGGGGAUCACUUGACUUUUGUAGAUGCUGAGAAGGCAGAAGGGGCAAAGGAGGAGGAGCAGGAGAGCGAGGAGGAUAUGUUGGGGAGGAUUGGGCUGGGAUGA